GAGUGGAGAUCCGUCACGCGAGCGCCACGCGAUUUGUGCGCUCGUUUAUAUCUUUGAGAUGGUCGAGAGCCUUACGAAGAUGCCCGAGGAACGCGUGCUUCAACCGCUCUAUGCGCCGACAGCGUCACCGGAUAUCGAAAUCCAGCAGCAAGUCGCGCGCUGCCUGGCGCUAUUUGUGUCGAAACCGUCGUCACAGCCAACGCUUUUGCGCAGAAGCGCUCUGCAGCUCAUUCUGGGAUUUGUCAAGUCGCCCGACGCCCUUUCUCAGCGCCUUGGGACGCUUGCGAUCGGUAACCUCGCGGUCUCGGCCGCCAACCACAAGGACCUCUUCGACCAGGGCGCGAUUGGCGCCUUGCUGCAUCUCGAGACGGCGAGCGACGCGGAAACGAGGAGGUGCCUUGCCUUUGCCAUCAACGACGUCGCGGGCAACGAAGUCAACUUGGCGCAACUCGACAAGAUGGGCAUUUUGCGCACGAUCAUUGGAAUCAUGGAGCGACUUCCCUGCGCGCUCGAGACGCGGUUCUAUGCGACAUUUGCUCUUGGGAAGCUCGCCAUGAACGCGACGCACCAGCGACCCAUCGCGUGGACCAACCCAGCGGUCGACGCCACGCUCGCGUUGAUGACGCAAGGCGAGAGCUUACACGCCCAGUACCAAGCCGUGUCGGCCAUGUCGAUUGCGCGGACGCCGAACUUGCUUCUCGCGCUUGUCGUCGCCGCCAGUGCGGCUUUUCACGUCGCGUACAUUGAACUGGAUCGCGAACUCGCGGCGCUUUCGUGCAGCUGGACGUUAAGCGACGCGCACAAGCUGCCGACAACGACGUCGCCGCUGCACCACCUUUGCCUCGGGCGACAUUGA